AUGACCCAUACUGAACAUGCGAUCCCCCGUGGCUCAAGGGUGCUUGUCACUGGAGCAAAUGGCUACAUCGCCUCACACAUCAUCAAUGUUCUCCUAGAGCUUGGCUAUUUGGUCAGAGGAACUGUCCGCACUCCAAUGCCAUGGCUCAAUGACUAUUUUGCAGAGAAAUGGGGCUCAGAUUGCUGCGAGCUUGUCCUGGUGCCCGAUUUCCAGAAGCCUGGCGCAUUUGAUGCAUGUGUGCAAGGAAUAUCCGGCAUCAUUCACGUGGCCCAGGCUUUGCCUUCAAAUGCUGGGGUGGAAGACAUAGACGACGCCAUUGCGUACACAGUGAAUGGCAAUACGAAUCUUCUCCAGUCAGCAUCUACUCAAACCUCAAUUAAGCGAGUCGUGUUUACUUCAUCUAUCGUUGCUGCUGGUUAUCCUAAAGGUCCAGGAUUCAAGCUGGACGUGGAUUCCUGGGAUAUUUGCGUGGCAGAGGGGAAAACCACUCCCAAGGAGCGCUCUGCUUAUCGUGAAUGCAAGACACAGGGAGAGUUCCAGGCGUGGAAAUGGGUUGAGAAAAACCACCCAGGCUUUGAAUUUAAUACAGUCCUCCCAUGGUUUACUGUGGGAAAUGUGCUUCACUCAAACAUUGGAGGUUCAACCAUGGGAUAUGUGACCGGCAUGCUCCAGGGGAAUACCGUACCCUUCAAGUUUCUUCCUCUACCAUGGUAUGUGGAUGUUGUAGAUACUGCUCGCCUGCACGCAAUUGCACUGUUUAGCCGUUCUGUGAAGGGAGAGCGCCUCUUUGCUGCUGCCGGCCACUUCACUUGGAAGCAGGUGGUCGAGAUUCUACGACACAUCCAGCCAAAGAAUACCCAUAUCCCAGAUUCUCCGCUUGAUGAACAGGCGACACUGGGAGAAGUUACUCCAGCAGCAAAAGCCGAAAAGCUUUUGCAAGAGUAUUUUGGUCAGUCCACAUGGACACCAAUGGCAGCCAGCCUCAUAGGUGGAAUCCAGGAGAAGAAGUGA